AUGUCGGUGUCUUACGUGGAUGACAUCUCCGAUGGCAGUGGCUUCUUCAUCAUCCUGAAGCUUCUUGCCCGGUGGAAGGGCAGCCUUUACAAACUUGUCUGGGUGGACCUACUGGCCUACCUGAUUAUUUAUUACCUCAUAAACGCACUGUACUGGUUUGUACUUAAUUCCGACCAGCAAGAUACUUUUCAUGUUAUGGUGGCGUACUGCGAGGAAAUUGGCACCCAAAUACCUGUCUCCUUUGUUUUGGGCUUUUUCGUUUCCGGCGUGAUCGGUCGAUGGUUCCAGACAUUCGUUUACAUCCCCUGGCUCAAUGAAAUCACCUACACCGUCAUGGUAUGUGCAGAACUUUGCGCGGUCCGUUGA